AUGGGCUCCGAAGACAGGGCCAAGUGCUUGUGCUGUGGCCCAGACCUGAGCCGCUGGGCAGCUGACCAUGGUCCCACACAGGAACACUGCAGACUCCACUCUCUGUGUGGCCACGUCCUGGCCCAGGGCAGAUGGGGAGACCGGGACCACGUGGAUGGGCAGAUACUGGGCCUGCUGCACUCCCUGGCAGAGGAGGAGGGGGCUGGGGCCACCUUGCCCGCCUUCCCCAGAAUGGGCUCUGAGGACAUGCGGCUGGCCUCCUUCUACGACUGGCCCCUGACCGCAGGGGUGCCGCCCGAGCCUCUAGCUGCUGCUGGCUUCUUCCACACAGGCCAGCAGGACAAGGUCCGGUGCUUCUUCUGCUAUGGAGGUCUGCAGAGCUGGAAGCGAGGGGACGACCCCUGGACUGAGCACGCAAAGUGGUUCCCCAGGUGUCCGUUCUUGCUCCAGUCAAAGGGAAGAGACUUUGUAUACAGUGUCCAGGAGUCUCGCUCCCGGCCGCUGGGGGCCUGGGACCAAUGGGAAGAGCCAGGAGCCACAACCCUUGCCACCCCGCCAGCUCCAGUCCACAGGGACCCUGAGCCGCUCAUGCCCAGAAGAGAGGCCCAGACUGAAGGUGCCCCAGAACCAGGAGCUGAGGCCAUGGCACAGGAGCUACGGCAGCUGCAGGAGGAGAGGAUGUGCAAGGUGUGUCUGGACAGGGCUGUGGCUGUGGUCUUUGUGCCCUGCGGCCACCUGGCCUGUGUGGAGUGCGCCCCCAGCCUACAGCUGUGUCCCAUCUGCCGGACCCCUGUCCACAGCCGUGUGCGCACCUUCCUGUCCUAGGACAGCCACAGCACCCAGCCCCUCUCAGCUGGUCCAGACCACGCAGGGCUCCACGGAAGACAGCCCUGACCCACCUGUUCCCGGAAUGCAGCCCAGGACAGAGAAGGAAGCCCCUGCUGGGCAUGGGGGUGGAUUUAGUGUUCCCAUGUGUGGAUGUUUCAGAAUAUAAAGUGGGGGCUUCUCCCCUGCACAGUG